UAACAAAAACGGUGAAGAUAUCACCGUUUAAGUUAAAAGCGGUGAAAACGUCACCGUCUUAGGGCAAAGCAGGGAACAUCUUCACCGCCUCAGGCUAAGGCGGUGAUUAUUUCCCACGUUUUCCAACCCUGGUAGGUGAAAAUUAGGUCACAACUACCUAAUGUUCACCAUUUGAGAUAAACGCGGUGAUGUUGUUCACCAUUUGAAACAAAGGCGGUGAAUGCUGGCCGAUUUUCCUUUAAAUACCACUCCCACCAGCAAUUGUAAAAACGUAAUCCCUUCUCCCUCUUCAAAUUUCAGCAGCUAAAACCGAGCAACAUACACAGAACAAGAAUUUUCGGUAUGAUUUAAUUUUCGUAUUAAUUCCUAAUGGUUGUUUUUAGUAGUUAUAUUGUUAUGUUAUGAAUUACUUAUUGUAGCAAAUAUGGCCGAUGUUAUGAAUUACUGGAAUUAUGCUAAUAGUUACUUAUUGUAAAUUGUAGAUAUGGGUAAAUUCAAGAAGUUUCAGCUUAUUAUUCGGUGGAAAGGAAGGGUUACAAACUCUGACUUAGGGAUUGAUUAUGAGGACGGUGUAUCCACUAUGCUGAAAAUUGAGUCGCGAUUCAAUUUUCAAGAACUUUGUGAUAUUUGUGCAGACAUGGUUUGUACGAGCGGACAGACGAGACUUGGUAAAAUUAGUUACCGGUAUCCAUGUAUGAGUACUGGUGGGCUUGUGUACCAAAAAGUUGUCAUAAACGAUGAUGACGCGGUUACGAUGAUGUUACAGUUCAUAAGCGAUAACGGGAUGCGGCAAGCAGAGGUGUAUGUUGAGACCGAGGCGAUCGGUGAAACUCAUUCUCAUCAGUAUUCUUAUGAUGAUGGUUUUGCAGGAGGGUACGGAUGGGGUGGUAGUUCGAGCAACUACGAAGGAGGUGGUUAUACAGGAGGUUACGGAGAGGGUGGUAGUUCAAUCAACUACGGUGGAGGUAGUAGUGCAGGAUGGGUGCCAUCGGAAGAAUACUCGCAACAUGAUCAACCUGCCGAUGGCGUUCAAUGGCCUGCUUGGGGGCCUGAGUGGGCUGAAAUCGAGAAUACCAUUCGAGCAAGGCGUUCUUCACAUGAGCGAGAAGACGAUGUUGGUGAUGGUGGUCAUGUUGAUCCUUCUAGGACGAGCUAUCCAUUCGACUCUAGCGACGAUUAUACUGAGGAAGAUUUGAGAUCAGUGAGCGAUGAGGAAGAUACUGAUGAUAACGACGAUGAGACGGUAUUUUGUGAGGCGCCGACGCCAUACUACACACAGGUUCCACCUCAAUUUUUACAUAGUUAGAUGAUACCCCCGACUUUGUCCCUAUGCCAGUGUAUAAUCCGACGGCCAAUUUGGAGGUGGGUAUGGCGUUCUCAUCGAAGGACGCUGUGUAGGAUGCCUUUACCGAAGAUGCCUUGAGGCGCAAUUUCGAGUGCAAGGUAAAAUAUUCUGACAGUAAACAAUUACAUGUCAUAUGUAAGAAUGAUGCAGAGGGCUGUACGUGGCAACUGCGGGCUGCAAAUAUGAAGAGAAAGGGUGCCUGGUUGAUUCAAAAAGCUGAGACCAACCACACUUGCUCCUCGUCCAUACGUUCCCAGGAUCACAGACAACUUAAAGCAAAGAAAAUUGGGAGAACUAUUUAACACCUUAUCAAAGCACAACCAGAUAUAAAGGUCAAAGCUAUCAUGGCCGAGGUGAAGGAUCGACAUUCUUACACGAUAAGGUACAAAAAAGCAUGGCAUGGAAAGCAGAAAGUCAUGGCUGAGGUGUACGGUGAUUGGGAGGAUUCGUAUGCUUUACUCCCUAGACUUAUGGCCGCAAUGGAGGAGUCCAACCCUGGGACUGUUUUCGUGCCAAUAUACAACAAUGUAUACACUGAGGAUCAAGUUCGAGUACAUGAUAAGUUGAUGUUUCACCGUCUUUUUUGGGCUUUCAAACCAUGCAUUGACGGGUUUGCGUUCUGCAUACCGGUUAUUCAGGUAUUUUAAUACAUGUUUACUAUUUGA